CAGUUUGGCUUUAGCCACGCGUGCUUCUACUCAACCGCAGGUGCAUCAAAGUUGUACUUUCUAGACACCACUGAUGUCAAGAAUAUCGGGAAAAAAAACUCUGAAAAGGCUUGGCAUCUAUUCGGUGUCUUUUAUAGGCGGAUAGUGGUACUAGUAGCAGAGAUCUGGCAAAUAGUGAAGGUUUGCCUCGCUUGAUUUGUUGUAAAUAUAAUACAGUUUCAACGCCUAACGGCUUUCCAUCGGCAUUGAGCGAGGUGACUAUCUUGCUGCCUCUACACUCUUUGUCCCAGUGACGACCAAGUUCGUCGGAGAUACGUCAUGUGUACUUCCGCGAAUUGUGGCCGUUGAAAUGUUUGCGGCGAAGCGCUCCACAGUUCCAGCCUCACGCCGCUACACUUCAACAUGAACGUCAACGGGAAGACCCGCGACGCCUUCACUCGGCCCGGCCGUUGUUUCCCGAACACCCUGCUUUCUCCGAUUUGGCCUUUUCCCGUUCCUUGGCGCCACUGACUUCCAGUCCCACCGCCAUGUCCACGGAGGAGGCGUGGUCACUGCUGGUCUGGACCUUCGCGGCCGUGAUCGUCCCAGUCGUCAUCACGCUGUGGUGCAGCAUCCAACGCUCCAAGCGGAAAACGCACAUGAAGCAGUUCUUCCGCCAGAGCAGACAUGGCUGGCACUACACGGACUUGUUCAGUAAGCCCACCUACUGCUGCGUGUGUUCCCAGCACAUCUUGCAGGGGGCCUUCUGUGAUGGCUGCGGCGUGUGCGCUGACGAGCAGUGUUUGCGUCGGGCGGAUCGGGAGCUGUCGUGCAAGGAGAUUAUGGCACCCUCCCGGGCGGACGGGGUCGUGUUCCACCGGUGGGUCAGGGGCAACGUGCCCCUGGCCAGCUACUGUGUUGUGUGCAAGCAACAGUGUGGAACGCAGCCGAAGCUCUGUGAUCUCAGAUGUGUGUGGUGUCAGACCACAGUGCAUGAUGAGUGCAUGGACAGCCUAUUGGAUGCAACCCAGUGUAACCUGGGCGAGUUCCACAAUCUCAUCAUUCCUCCUCACUAUCUUUACCAAGUCAACAAGCUCCGCCGUAGACACGCUGAUGAGUACAAAAAGCUUGCGAUGGACUGUGGGGAUGGCUGGACUCCUAUACUGGUUUUGGCCAACACGCGUAGUGGAAACAACAUGGGGGAGGCUUUGCUGGGAGAGUUUCGCAGCCUCCUCAACCCCGUGCAGGUUUUUGACCUGUCUCAGCUUGCACCUGCCAAGGCCCUUCAGCUCUGCACCCUGCUCCCCCCUGGCUGUGUCAGGGUGCUGGUGUGCGGAGGUGAUGGCACAGUGGGAUGGGUGCUUGAUGCCAUUGACAGUAUGAAGCUGAAGGGUCAAGACCAAUUCAUUCCAAGAGUGACCAUCCUCCCUCUCGGAACAGGAAAUGACCUUUCCAACACUUUGGGCUGGGGUGCAGGCUAUGCUGGGGAGAUCCCCGUGGAACAGGUUCUCCGCAACAUCCUGGAUGCUGGGGUGGUCAAAAUGGACAGAUGGAAAGUGCAAGUGUCUUCUAAAGGCCUCUCUAUUCGAAAACCAAAGGUUCUUUCCAUGAACAACUACUUCUCUGUGGGUCCCGACGCUCUGAUGGCGCUCAACUUCCACACACAUCGUGAAAAGACACCCUCUUUCUUUUCCAGUCGUAUCAUCAACAAGGCUGUGUAUUUCUUGUAUGGCACAAAGGACUGUUUGGUGCAGGAAUGUAAAGAUCUGGAUAAGAGGAUUGAGCUAGAGCUUGAUGGUGAGCGAGUUGCGUUGCCCAGCUUGGAAGGAAUCAUUGUUUGUAACAUUGGCUACUGGGGGGGUGGCUGCAGACUCUGGGAGGGAAUGGGCGACGAGCCCUGCCCCCCCACACGGUUGGAUGACGGUCUGCUGGAGGUGAUGGGUGUGUUUGGCUCCUUCCACUGUGCUCAAAUCCAGGUCAAGCUGGCCAACCCAGUACGACUGGGACAGGCCCACACUGUCAGGCUGGUCCUUAAGAGCUCCACGAUGCCAAUGCAAGUGGACGGCGAGCCGUGGGCGCAAGGCCCGUGCACCAUCACCAUCACCCAUAAGACGCAAGCUCUCAUGCUGUACCACAGCUCAGAGCAGACGGAUGAUGAUGACGACGGCGACUCGAGCGCCUCUGAGACCGAGAGCCCCACUCCUCAGGAUUCACCCAGGCCCCCCGGGGCAGCGACCGCUCGUGCUUGACUCAUCCCCCAUCCAGCAGAUUUUCCAAAUACUCUGUCAUCACAUGUAAUCUGUGUUUCAUCGGUUCUUUCCAUUGACAAUUGCCAAUUGAAAUGGGCGGUCACACCUGGGGACAAUUUAGUGUUCAAUCAGCCUGCCAUGCUUUUUGGAAUGUGGGAGGAAACCGGAGUACCCGGAGAAAAUCCACGCAGG